AUGAAGUAUUUCUUGCAACUUUUGUCCUUCGGUCUUCUGGCCACUGCCUCUUCCGCUCUUCCACUGCUUGAUGAACGACAGACUGCAGUGUACAGUUUGACCGUUUCAACUACCUCGAGCACCGCACUCAACGGACAAACCGUAGAGAUUGUGAACUCUGUGCUUGGAGUGUACCCCGGGAACCAGCCCGCUGCCACUUUCUAUCCUAUUCCAAACCAAACCAAGCCUGGGAGAAGCUCGCUACAUACUUAUCCCGUGGGGAUUGUUGACCACGUACUUGGCUUGAAAGGAAGUGAUGGCCUAUAUUCGCUCGUUGAUGUGACAAAUAUCGGACAGAGCGGGGCCGCGGCAUUCUAUGACGGUUUCAUUCUCAGAAACAACCUCGUGAGCCAUGAAAUUCCUGGAAAUUGGGUUGCGUUCCCUGUCGGCAAUGGGUGGCAAAUUAAGCGGUAUGACGGAAACGCUAUUGUGACCCAAGAUUAUGUGCCCGUGAACCUGGUAUACAAGCUGGUCAACAAGUAUUGA